AUGCUUCUUGAUAGUGGUCCGCAGUUUGCAUCUUUAGGAGUGGGGGGCUUCGGGACACCAAGACACCACCACGAGCUCGGCAACAGAGACCCCAGUUUGGGGCUGAAUCCCUUCUCCGACUCCUCUCACUCCGCAGCUUUCAAAAUCAGCCCAGUGGCGCAUGACAUCGCCUCCAGUCAGACGUCUGCGUUCACCCCGCAAGCCUCCGGGUAUGCAGCCGCUCUGGGACACUCGCAUGGCGGCCAGGUGGGCUCGUACGGGGGUGGUGCGUUCAAUUCCACGCGGGACUUUCUGUUUAGGAACCGCGGUGUUGCAGAGCCUCCCGCUCCAAGUGCACAACACGGAAUCUUUGCUGCUUCGGCAGGGAGUCUUCACGGGCCGCCGGGGAUCCCCGAUAACCCCGGACAUCUGUUGUUUCCAGGACUUCACGACCAGGGGGUGAGCCACACGUCACCGAGCGGACAUGUAGUCAACAGCCAAAUGCAUCUUGGCUUACGCGGGGAUAUCUUCGGAAGACCCGAUCCGUACCGUCCUGUGGCUAGUCCUCGGACAGACCCCUAUGGAGCCCAGCUGCACAAUUACAACCACCCCAUCAACAUGAACAUGGGCAUGAACGUGCCCACGCACCAUGGCCCCGGGGCCUUUUUUAGAUACAUGCGGCAGCCCAUUAAACAAGAGCUAUCCUGUAAGUGGAUAGACGAGAACCAGAUGAACAGACCCAAAAAGACUUGCGAUAGGACUUUCAGCACCAUGCAUGAGAUGGUUACACACGUGUCUAUGGAGCAUGUUGGCGGCCCGGAGCAGAGUAACCAUAUCUGCUUUUGGGAAGACUGUCCGAGAGAAGGCAAAUCUUUUAAAGCCAAGUAUAAACUUGUGAAUCACAUUCGAGUGCAUACAGGAGAGAAGCCCUUCCCAUGCCCGUUCCCUGGAUGUGGCAAAAUAUUUGCCAGGUCAGAAAAUCUGAAAAUACACAAAAGAACGCACACAGGUGAGAAGCCGUUUAAGUGUGAAUUUGAUGGCUGUGACAGACGAUUCGCCAACAGCAGCGACAGGAAAAAGCACAUGCACGUGCACACGUCAGACAAGCCGUACAUUUGCAAAGUGUGCGACAAGUCCUACACGCACCCCAGCUCUCUCAGGAAACACAUGAAGGUUCACGAGUCUCAAGGAUCCGAAUCAUCUCCGGCUGCCAGUUCUGGAUACGAAUCCUCCACACCACCAGUACUGGUUUCAGGCAGCACCGAGGACCCCACAAAAACCCCACCGUCCGCCGUGGUACAGAACACGUCUGGUCACAGCGAAGGACUGGCUCCAAACUUUAACGAGUGGUACGUUUGA